GUGAUGUUUACUUGCGUGCGACGUCAUAAACAAGUUUACUUCGUCUUGAGAUUUGUUAUUUUUGAAACGAGCCUAAGUAACUUCAUUGUCUGGCUUUGAGAGAAUGUUCAGUCUGUAAAUAACUUUAGAUCUUUGCAGUUAAGUUAACUAUUGAUCGCUUCGACAUGGACUUAUUUAUAUUCAGAUCGUUUAUAUUUAUUUAUGUUGCAUUUUCCAUAUUUAAUGCAUGUGCGGCCUACGAUGUUCCGAAGGCGAGAGUAAUUGUUUUUGAACGUAAAGGUUUCGAAGUGUCUAUACCAGAUGAAGAAGGUAUUUCAUUGUUUGCAUUUCAUGGCAAACUAAAUGAAGAAAUGGAUGGACUAGAAGCUGGUACUUGGGCUAGAGAUAUUGUUAAAGCGAAAAAUGGACGUUGGACAUUUACUGAUCGUGUAACGGAGUUAAAAAUAGGUGAUACACUUUACUAUUGGACAUAUGUUAUAUACAACGGUUUAGGAUACAGAGAAGACGAUGGAGUAUAUGUAGUCACUGGCUUCAACACUACUCAAACGUCACCAAUUACAACAACUUCGAAACCUCCAGUAAUCACAACUAAAACCACAACAACUGUUACUUCAACUUCAGCCAAUUGUAAGCAAUCUCAAACUAAGAUAAAUGGUAAUCAAGUUGUAGAGUGUGCGGAUCAAUUAUUGUUUGAAGACGAGUUCAAUAACUUAAAUACAGAUAAAUGGAAAUUAGAGAAUCGUUUUGCCUCAAGUCCUGACUAUGAAUUUGUGAUGUACGUUAAUGAUGUACCAGAAAUAUUUCAACUUGAGAAUAGUGUAAUGCAUAUCAAACCCAAAGCUACAGCGAAACUCGUUCAACAGGAAAAUCCAUUGAAAUUUAACUUAAAUUUUGGUGAACGUUGCACGGGUUUGCUCAAUUCAGAGGAAUGCGUAAAAGAAGCUAAACAGUCACCUUUAGUGUUCAUACCACCUUACGUGUCCGCACAAUUAUCUACGAUGAAUUCAUUUUCUUUUAAAUAUGGACGUGUGGAAAUACGCGCCAAGUUACCACAAGCAGAAUGGGUUAUUCCGGAGUUGUGGUUACAGCCUGUCACAUAUGCAUAUGGUGCAACAAAUUAUCAGUCAGGACAGGUACGCAUUGCAUUUAGUCGUACAAAUGGCACUUUAACUGAUUUAUAUGGUGGCGUUAUCUUAAAUUCUGAAGAACAGUGGCGCUAUAAAAAGUUGUGCCAUUUACCUGCAACAACUGAUAAGAACUGGUGCGAUGAAUAUCAUGUCUUCACAUUAAUUUGGACUGAGAUGUAUUUGGCAUUCGCGGUGGAUAACGAAGAAUAUUGUCGCAUUCAUACCUUACGUGACUUAAAUACCUUGCCGAAUCAUGGACAAUUAAGUACUGGCACUAAAUUGGCACCUUUUGAUCAGGAAUUUAUAUUGACUCUAGGUUAUGGUGUUGGUGGUCACGGAGAUUUUUCGGAUGACGAAAAAUGGAUAACGCCAAAACCAUGGGAAAAUACCGAUCCACGCGCCAUACCAAAUUUUGUGGAUUACUUAAAUCACAAACAUGGAGAUUGGCUAGAAAAUGGGCGUUUAAGUAUUGACAGCGUUAAGAUUUAUUCAGUUUGAAGAUAUUUUCGUGAAAUUCCAAUCCAUUCAUAUUACAAUUACUGCAUUUAUAUAAACUAUAAAUAAUACUUUAAGUAUCGUAGUU